AUGCCAGUAACCACAAGGUCUCAGUCUAAGGCCAAAGAACUGGCAUCGGCCUCCGAAGAAGUCAUGACUACUGACUUUGAUUCUGAUUCAGACCUAGACUCUGAAAUGUACUUUGAGUAUGAGGGAAGCGACACGGAUGAGGAUGAAGAACCGCCGGACGAAAUGGAUGAGUAUCUUGUCGACCUUGAUGCUCUUGAAAAGCAACGCAACAACACACCAAUCUUUACACGAUCUCUCCUUCUUCAGAUCCGCGAACAGCAACGGCAGAUACUCGAAGAGGCACGUCUCCCAAGCGACAGCCGCAGGCUACAAUAUCUCAGCUGGCGAGCCCCAGAUGGUCGUCUUACGAAGGUUUGGGGGGAUUCAAACCUUCUCGGGUUAGAUCAAGAGCGGAAGCAACGUGUCGAUGUUGAGUUCGCACCCCGCGUCGCCCUUGAUCCAGAGUUUCAGCGCAAGUAUGGAUGGCACGUCAACGCAACCCUCAUGUUACGGAUAUACAGCGAUGCUGUCACUACUCAUAGUGGUACAGAGAAGGUGUAUCUCGAUGCUCCUUAUGCUCUUCGUAUUGAGGAUCAGGGCAGGACUCUUGAGCACCAAGAUGCCAAACAAAUGCAGAGAUACCGUGAUGCCAUCGCACAGUCGUUGGCGUUCUGGUGGAAAGGUGACUUGGCCCGUAAGUUUACCCAGAGGAUCAAAAGCAUCGCAGGCCUCUCAGCGCCGAUUGAGAAGAUUGUUUGUUUCGGCCUGUCUGUACCGCGGCCGGGUCGGAUACAUGACAGUGUUUUUCAACACAUUCCCAUUUUCAGCAUGGCGAAGACUUUAGCCAGGCACUACAAAAAAUCUGGGUUACAACAGGAUAAGAUCAAACUCUUGCUUCAAGAGCCUGAUUAUGAGGAGAGAGACUGGACAUUGCUCGGCGAGCUUCAUUUACUCAUGGACUGUGAAGAGAGUAGCGAACUAGAAUUCGUAAACGAUCCAGAUGGGCUUCUUGCCAUUGACUCCAGCACCAUGGUAGUCGCGCCACAUUUACCCAGCUAUUACCCCUGGAUACAGAUCAUUGCUGAUCUCUUCGCGUCGGGAUCGGGGCCAGCUGUCAUUAUCGGCGAUAAUCUCGCUGUCGACCUUGAUAAGCAAGUCUUCGCUAUUAACGAUCGCGGGUCGCCAGUCGUCGCGAAGUUUCUCUCAGAGCGGUAUGAGGAGUUUCAGAGUGUCCUCGAAGGUGAGAAGUCGUGGAAUGAGUUACGUCUGCCUGCAGGUAUAACUGGGUAUGAUCCGUAUGCGAUAGAUUGGUUGCCAGACAUGGACAUCUAUGUACGACACGAUGGUCUUGAUUGUUAG